AUGACACAGCUGUCUCCGUAUCACGUAUCAUCCUUUCGAAUUGUCUCCCAGUUCGAAAGGCAUUCGAGAAAGGACGCCCCUCAAGCAGCCAAUCUGGACUUUGACGCCCGCGUCCCCAUCCCCUUCAGUGUCUUCCCGUCGUCGUACCGGAGUGACGCUGCUGUCGCUGUCUCUGAGACUACUCACGAGAGAGUAGAGGGAGAGGCCAAGUUUUCAGGUGCUUCGCGCGUCGGACGGGAAGAUACUCGAUACGAAGGCCCGCUCCCAGACCCAAGAACCUCUUCUUCUUCUUUCGAUCACCGAUUCCAGAACGAAGAGUUCCGUCCAGUCGCUGAGUACAAGCACACCACCGUUGUCGCUCACGAGGAGAACCCGCGUCACCACCACCCAGAAGUAGAACUUUCCCGCGAAAGAUACUACGAGACCAAGGACCGUCGAGAGGCAGAAUUUGAAUCUCAGCUUGAUAUCACUGAACGCCAGUACCGUGCCCGUACUGAUCCUCGCUACCAAGCCCAGUACGAACCUGAACCCCGUCAAGUUCGUGACGUAGACGUUUCCUUCAACCGCUCCUACAGUUCCGUCGACGCCUCCAGACCACCCCAGCCCGUCCGUGAAGUAGACGUUUCCGUCAACCGCUCCUACAGCUCCAUCGACGCCUCCAGACCACCCCAGACCGUCCGUGAAGUAGACGUUGCCUACAGCAAAGCCUACGAGCCAAUCGACACCAGCCGUCCCCCAGUCGAAGUCCGUGAUAUCGACUAUCAAGGACAGUCCAAGCAGCCAGCUACCCUAAACCUCAUCUCUGAUCACCGUAUCGUUCACGAGAAAGACCCCAAAGCCAAAAUGGGUUACUACGACGACGAAGGUCAGUACCACUCCUUCCGCCGUGGAGUCGAGCGUGCUGCCGAACGCGUGCUCCAUCCCUUCCACCACCACCACCACCAUGGCCAUGGUAGCACCCACGAAGACGGAGUUAUAUCUGACGAGCGCCGCGUCACUGAAGGUGUCACCCGCGAGACCGUCCGUGUCGUCCAGCCCCGUGGUGGACACCCCCCAGACACCAUCACCAUCCCUUGCCACUUCAUCCGCAUUGGUGAUCUCUUGAUCCUCCAGGGCCGCCCUUGCCAGGUUAUCCGUGUCUCCGUCUCCCAGCAGACCGGCCAGCACCGCUACCUCGGAGUCGACCUCUUCACCCGCCAACUCCACGAAGAGUCCAGCUUCAUCUCCCACCCAUCCCAGUCCGUCGUCGUCCAGAGCAUGCUCGGCCCCGUCUACAAGACCUACCGUGUCCUUGACAUGCGCGACGACAACCGUCUCGUCGCCAUGACCGAGUCCGGUGACGUCAAGCAGGGUCUCCGCGUCGUCGACCAGGGUAACCUCUUCAACCGCAUCUCCGAUGCCUUUGCUGAGGGCCGUGGUUCCGUCCGCGCCCUCGUCAUCAACGAUGGUGGUCGUGAGCUCGUCGUCGACUACAAGGUCAUCCACGGUUCCAGACUCUAA